GUGAUGGUAUUAAAGAUAAAUUAGGUCCACUUUCUUCUUUGGCAGUUAAGAUGUUUUCAGUACAUCCUCAUGCAGCAAUAAAAAUAAGUUCCUAUUUAAUAUCAAAUACAAAACAAGAAUUAAGUUUUUAUGGGUUGGAAUUAACUGAAGAGGAAAUACAAACUGUUUUUCAGAAUAUUGCUUUGUUUUCUGAAGCUGAUGAGGAAGAAGAUUUUGAUGAGUUGGAUGAAUUUGAAGAUCUUAAUCAAGCAUGA